GGCCUAAAUUUCAUUGGACCGAAACCUGCUCCCGCAAGCCAUUUGUGACACAAACCCUUACGCGCUGCCUAAGUAUAUAAAGAAGAAUAAGAAGCCAACAAAAAACGCCAUUUGAAUCAGAUUUUGAAAAUGCCAGGCUUAUCUUGCAACGCUUGUGACAAGGAAUUUCUUGACGAUACUGAGCAAAAACUUCAUUACAAAUCCGAAUGGCACCGCUACAAUCUUAAACGCAAGAUAGCAGGAGUUCAUGGAGUGAGAGAGCAUAUUUUUCUAGCCAGACAAUCUGCACUUGCAGAAGAGAAGAAAAAGUUAAGUGAAACUCCGUUGAUCUAUAGCUGUGGUCUUUGUGGCAAAGGGUAUAGAAGUUCCCAGGCCCAUGCUCAGCAUCUGAAAUCUAAAAGUCACCUAGCGCGCGCUUCUCAAGAACCAGGUCAUCAUGAUGAGAAUAGUGUGACAAUCAAGCCACUUCUACGCCACCCUCAGAAUGGAACUUCACGGAAGGCAAAAGAAUAUGGUGAGGAAAGUGAUGACAGUGAUGAAAGUGAGUGGGAGGAAGUUGAUCCAGAAGAAGAGAUGAUUAGUGAAGCCACUGAUUCUUUAACAGAAUUAAAGAUGAACGAGCAUACAUCUAAUGGCAAUAUGGAUGAAGAUAGUGAUGUUGAUGAAGACAUUGGAGACUUAGACCCAUCAUGUUGCUUCGUGUGUGAUAAAGAACACAAGACCAUAGAGAGCUGCAUGGUUCACAUGCACAAGAUGCAUGGAUUCUUCAUACCUGAUGUUGAGUAUCUGAAGGAUCCCAAAGGGUUCUUGACUUAUCUUGGUCUCAAGGUUAAAAGGGAUUUCAUGUGCUUGUAUUGCAACGACAGAUGUCACCCUUUCAGCAGUUUAGAAGCAGUUCGGAAGCAUAUGGAAGCUAAAAGUCAUUGCAGAGUGCAUUAUGGUGAUGGGGAUGAAGAAGAAGAAGCUGACUUAGAAGAGUUUUACGACUAUAGCAGCAGCUAUGUGGAUGAAACUGGGAAGCAGCUCAUUUUAUCGGAUGACACGGGCAACAGUGUGGAACUUGGAAGUGGUGGAUCUGAGCUCAUAAUAACAACAAGAAACGAUGAUGGAAGAUCUGUUAAGACUCUUGGAUCAAGAGAGUUUUUGCGUUACUACCGACAGAAACUGAGGCCUACGCGGAUCAAUGAUGUGGCUGUCAGUGCUGCAUUAGCCGCAAGGUACCGAAGCAUGGGUCUUGCAACAGUGCAGUCCAGGGAGCACAUGGUUAAGAUGAAGGUGUUGAAGGCCAUGAAUAAGUCUGGUGUGGAGGUUAUGCGCAAUAAGAUUGGCAUGAAAAGCAAUGUCAUCCGUAACCUCCCCAAGAAUAUACCAUAUUAGUCAUUUCCAAACUAAUGCUAGCCUUGCAAUAGUUUGGAGAUUGAUUGGAUUUCUAUUGUUCCAACUUGUGUAUUUCCCCAGUCAUAUUUAUAUUUCUGGUUUGCGUUGUGAUAUCUUACAUAACCAUUCGUGUUGGUGUAUUGAUUCUAUAAUGCUCUUAUGUUUUUGCUCCAGGAAUUAAAAAGGAUGAAUUGUUUGAAUUAGAUCUUGGCUCUCGAAUUUUCCUUUCUUGA